AUGAAGAACCACAAAAAACUUGACAAACCUUAUACUGUUCCUUGUAUUAUUGCAGUUAACAUAGGAUUAAUAGCUGUUAUAUAUUGGUGGGUAUUUCAUCAUGAAAAUAUAGAAACAUUGGUACCAGUAUCUCCUAAUGUUGAUAGAUUAAUUUUUCAAGUACCAUGUUCUAAAGAUUACAAUUUAGAAGACUUUGAAGAUUGUAAGCCAAAGAAAUGUGGUCGAGUUGUUAUGGAUAAUAUUGUAAGCAAAGAGGAUGCUAGGCAUUUACUAAUGGUGGCUAAAAAAGGAUUAGCAUUAGGUGGUUCCAAUGGAGGGGCUUCCAUUUUAGAUCUUCAUUCUGGUGCCUUGUCUAAAGAUAACUCCUUUAUAAAUAUAUACAGAUUGAUAGAAGAUCAACAAAUUAAUUUAUUAUCAGAAACAGACUUUAGUAUUUAUAGAAAAGUUAAAAACAGUAUUCAUGAAGCUAUAACAAGAGAGUUUAAGAUUCCUAAAAAUAAAUUAUUUUUAACCAAACCAACGUUUUUCUCGAGAAUGAAUAUGACAGAGGCUAAAAGCAUACAUGAUGAAUACUGGCAUGGACAUGUAGAUAAGGAAACCUAUGGGUCAUUCCACUACACUGCCUUAUUGUAUUUAUCAACUUAUAAAGAAGAUUUUACUGGUGGUAGAUUUAUUUUCAUUGAUAAAGAUGGCAACAAAACAGUUGAACCUAGACUAGGUCGAGUCUCAUUUUUUACAUCUGGUCAUGAGAAUCUUCAUCGUGUAGAAAGAUUAAUCAGUGGUGUCAGAUAUGCUAUAACAGUAGCUUUUACAUGUGAUCCAAAACAUUCUAUAACUGAUCCUACUGCUCAAUGA